GCAGAGGUGGGGGGAGGAGACGCUGACAAACCAAGAUGGCGGUGGCGGCGAUGAAACCUGCGGCGACUGGGACUUAACUGUAGUAGCGAAGGCUGCAAUAGUUGGGAGGCAGCGGUAGGGUGUGGAAGAAACGGAACAAGAUUAAGGGCUGGUAAUAGGAACCUUAGCCUGAGACUUUUAGAGCACGGCACCCGCCCCCCUCGGCCCUUUACGGGCGGUGGCCGUCCUGCUUAGGGCCUAGACUCCGAGAAGUGCCUCGGUUUCAGACAGCGGCGGCGCCAUGAGUCCUUAAGGGCGGUCUGAGCCCUCCCGAUCUCUGGCCCAGCCCUCGGGCCCACCAUGGAGCUGGGGUCCGACGAUUUCCUACCGCCGCCGGAGUGCCCGGUGUUCGAGCCUAGCUGGGCCGAGUUCCGAGACCCUCUUGGCUACAUUGCGAAAAUCAGACCCAUCGCCGAGAAGUCCGGCAUUUGCAAGAUCCGCCCACCUGCGGAUUGGCAGCCACCCUUUGCUGUGGAAGUGGACAACUUCAGAUUUACUCCCCGAAUCCAGAGGUUGAAUGAGCUGGAGGCCCAGACAAGAGUGAAACUGAACUAUUUGGACCAGAUUGCCAAAUUCUGGGAGAUCCAGGGCUCAUCCUUAAAGAUUCCCAAUGUAGAACGGCGGAUCUUGGACCUCUAUAGCCUCAGCAAAAUUGUGGUGGAAGAAGGUGGUUAUGAAACUAUCUGCAAGGACCGUCGAUGGGCCCGUGUGGCCCAACGCCUCAACUACCCACCUGGCAAAAACAUCGGUUCCCUGCUACGCUCUCACUAUGAACGCAUUGUUUAUCCCUAUGAAAUGUACCAGUCUGGAGCCAACCUUGUGCAGUGUAACACACGUCCAUUUGAUAAUGAGGAAAAAGACAAGGAAUAUAAACCCCACAGCAUCCCCCUUCGACAGUCUGUGCAGCCUUCUAAGUUCAACAGUUAUGGACGACGGGCAAAGAGACUACAGCCUGAUCCGGAACCCACAGAGGAAGACAUUGAGAAAAAUCCAGAACUGAAGAAGCUACAGAUAUAUGGUGCAGGUCCCAAGAUGAUGGGCUUGGGCCUUAUGGCCAAGGAUAAGACUCUUCGGAAAAAAGAUAAAGAAGGGCUUGAGUGUCCCCCCACUGUGGUGGUAAAGGAAGAAUUAGGUGGGGAUGUGAAGAUGGAAUCAGCCUCGCCUAAGACCUUCCUAGAAGGCAAGGAGGAACUGAGUCACAGCCCUGAGCCCUGCACCAAGAUGACCAUGAGGCUGCGAAGGAACCACAGCAAUGCCCAGUUUAUUGAGUCAUAUGUGUGCCGAAUGUGUUCCCGAGGAGACGAAGAUGACAAGCUUUUGCUGUGUGAUGGUUGUGAUGACAAUUACCACAUAUUUUGCCUGCUGCCUCCUUUGCCUGAGAUCCCGAAAGGUGUCUGGAGGUGUCCGAAGUGUGUCAUGGCGGAGUGUAAACGGCCCCCCGAAGCCUUUGGCUUUGAACAAGCUACCCGGGAAUAUACUCUGCAGAGCUUUGGGGAGAUGGCUGACUCCUUUAAAGCUGACUACUUCAACAUGCCUGUGCACAUGGUACCCACAGAACUUGUAGAGAAGGAGUUCUGGCGUCUGGUGAAUAGCAUUGAAGAAGAUGUGACUGUUGAGUAUGGGGCUGACAUCCAUUCCAAAGAAUUUGGCAGUGGUUUCCCUGUCAGUGACAGUAAACGACAUCUAACCCCAGAGGAGGAGGAGUAUGCUACAAGUGGUUGGAACCUGAACGUGAUGCCUGUAUUGGAGCAGUCUGUACUGUGCCACAUCAAUGCAGAUAUAUCUGGCAUGAAGGUACCCUGGCUCUAUGUGGGCAUGGUCUUCUCAGCCUUUUGCUGGCAUAUUGAGGAUCACUGGAGUUACUCCAUUAACUACCUCCACUGGGGUGAGCCAAAAACCUGGUAUGGGGUCCCAUCGCUUGCAGCAGAACAUUUGGAAGAAGUGAUGAAGAAGCUGACACCUGAGCUUUUUGAUAGCCAGCCUGAUCUCCUUCACCAACUUGUCACCCUCAUGAAUCCUAACACCCUCAUGUCCCAUGGUGUGCCGGUUGUUCGAACAAACCAGUGUGCAGGAGAAUUCGUCAUCACUUUUCCUCGUGCUUACCACAGUGGUUUCAACCAAGGCUACAAUUUCGCUGAGGCAGUCAACUUUUGUACUGCUGACUGGCUGCCUGCUGGGCGCCAGUGCAUUGAGCACUACCGCCGCCUACGAAGAUACUGUGUAUUUUCUCAUGAGGAGCUUAUUUGCAAGAUGGCUGCCUGCCCCGAGAAGCUGGAUCUGAACCUAGCAGCAGCUGUACAUAAAGAGAUGUUCAUUAUGGUGCAGGAGGAGCGGCGUCUACGAAAGGCUCUACUGGAAAAGGGUAUCACCGAGGCUGAGCGAGAGGCUUUUGAGCUGCUUCCAGAUGAUGAACGUCAGUGCAUAAAGUGCAAGACCACGUGUUUCCUAUCUGCCCUGGCUUGCUAUGACUGUCCAGAUGGCCUUGUCUGCCUUUCUCACAUCAAUGACCUCUGCAAGUGCUCCAGUAGCCGGCAGUACCUUCGGUAUCGAUAUACCUUGGACGAGCUGCCUGCCAUGCUGCAUAAACUGAAAGUUCGAGCUGAAUCCUUUGACACCUGGGCUAACAAAGUACGAGUAGCCCUGGAGGUGGAAGAUGGGCGGAAGCGCAGCCUUGAAGAACUGAGAGCACUAGAAUCUGAGGCCCGUGAGCGAAGGUUUCCUAACAGUGAGCUGCUACAGCGACUGAAGAACUGCCUGAGUGAGGCAGAGGCUUGUGUGUCCCGGGCUCUGGGACUGGUCAGUGGCCAGGAAGCAGGCCCCGACAGGGUGGCUGGUCUGCAGAUGACCCUGGCAGAGCUACGGGCUUUUCUGGGCCAGAUGAACAACCUGCCUUGUGCCAUGCACCAGAUUGGGGAUGUCAAGGGUAUUCUGGAACAGGUAGAAGCCUACCAGUCUGAGGCCCGUGAGGCCCUGGUCUCACAGCCCUCCAGUCCAGGGCUACUGCAGUCCCUGUUGGAGAGAGGGCAGCAGCUGGGGGUAGAGGUACCUGAAGCCCAGCAGCUCCAGCGGCAGGUGGAACAGGCGCGGUGGCUGGAUGAGGUAAAACGCACGCUGGCUCCCUCUGCCCGAAGGGGUACCCUGGCCACCAUGCGGGGACUGUUGGUUGCGGGCGCCAGUGUAGCCCCUAGCCCUGCUGUGGAUAAGGCCCAGGCAGAGCUUCAGGAGCUGCUGACCAUCGCUGAACGCUGGGAAGAGAAAGCUCACCUCUGCCUGGAGGCCAGGCAGAAGCAUCCACCAGCCACACUUGAGGCCAUAAUCCAUGAAGCAGAAAACAUCCCUGUUCACCUGCCCAAUAUCCAGUCUCUCAAGGAGGCUCUUGCUAAGGCCCGGGCGUGGAUUGCUGAUGUGGAUGAGAUCCAAAAUGGUGACCACUACCCCUGCCUGGAUGACUUGGAGGGCCUGGUAGCUGUGGGUCGGGACCUCCCUGUGGGGCUGGAGGAACUGAGACAGCUGGAGCUGCAGGUACUGACAGCACACUCCUGGAGAGAGAAGGCCUCCAAGACCUUUCUCAAGAAGAACUCCUGCUACACGUUACUGGAGGUGCUCUGCCCGUGUGCAGACGCCGCCUCAGACAGCACCAAACGCAGCCGGUGGAUGGAGAAGGAGCUGGGGUUGUACAAAUCUGACACAGAGCUGUUGGGGCUGUCUGCGCAGGACCUCAGGGACCCAGGCUCUGUGAUCGUGGCCUUCAAAGAGGGGGAGCAGAAGGAGAAGGAAGGGAUCCUGCAGCUUCGUCGCACCAACUCAGCCAAGCCAAGUCCACUGGCCUCAUUGACUGCAGCCUCCUCUACAGCCUCUAUCUGCGUGUGUGGGCAAGUGCCAGCUGGGGUGGGAGCUCUGCAGUGUGACCUGUGUCAGGACUGGUUCCAUGGGCGGUGUGUGACGGUACCCCGCCUCCUCAGCUCCCAGAGGCCCAGUCUUACCUCAUCCCCACUGCUGGCCUGGUGGGAAUGGGACACCAAAUUCUUGUGCCCUCUGUGUAUGCGAUCACGGCGCCCACGCUUGGAAACCAUCCUGGCACUGCUGGUAGCCCUACAGAGACUGCCUGUGCGGCUGCCUGAGGGUGAGGCUCUACAGUGUCUCACAGAGAGAGCCAUCAGCUGGCAAGGCCGUGCCAGACAGGUUUUGGCCUCUGAGGAAGUGACUGCUCUGUUGGGACGACUGGCUGAACUUCGUCAACGGCUGCAGGCUGAAUCCAAGCCUGAGGAAUCCCUUGCUUACUCUUCAGAUGCUGGAGAGGGCUCUGGCAAUAUGCCUAAGGUCCAGGGGCUGUUGGAGAAUGGGGACAGUGUGACCAGUCCUGAAAAGGUAGCCACAGAGGAGGGCUCAGGUAAGAGAGAUCUGGAGCUGCUAUCCUCACUAUUACCACAGUUGACUGGCCCUGUGUUGGAACUGCCUGAGGCAACCCGAGCCCCACUGGAGGAACUUAUGAUGGAGGGGGAUCUGCUUGAGGUGACCCUAGAUGAGAAUCAUAGCAUCUGGCAGCUGCUGCAGGCUGGGCAGCCUCCAGACUUGGAGAGGGUCCACACACUUCUGGAGCUGGAGAAGGCAGAGCGCCAUGGGAGUCGGACACGAGGCCGAGCCCUAGAGAGGAGGCGGCGGAGGAAGGUGGAUCGGGGUGGGGAGGCUGAUGAUCCAGCCCGAGAGGAGCUAGAGCCAAAGAGGGUACGGAGCUCAGAACCAGAAGCCGAGGAAGUCCAGGAGGAAGAGGAGCUGGAGGAGGAGACUGGGGCUGUUGAUGUCCUGCCCACAGCAGCCAUCUCGGCAACAAUUGUGACAGUGGCUGAGCCUAGCACAGACCCCAACAAAGAUCCUUCCUUGGCCUCAAGGAUCCUUUCUGACCAUCAAGCCUGCUUCUUGGAGGUGGGCGGGUAGGUGGAGAGACUCCCCCCUCACCACCAUCCCCAAGACCGUGACUUUUAUAUUCUGACUCCAAGGUAUUGUUCAGACCUCAGCUCCUGGGGGCCGGCCCCUGGAGUCCUGCGUCCCUGGUAACCUGUAACCAGCAUUCCCAGACACCAGAGGCAGAUAGACAGGUGGGCAGGGGGUUGACUGGGGCUAGGCCAGCACCAUUCCAGAGACAAAUGCAGGGCACAUGCAAACUGGGGGACCUCUCCCUUCCCCCCAGUUCUGGCCCUGGGUCAGGCCAUGCUACACUAACCUUCCCCCCACCCCCCCACCCCCACACUUUUGCCUCCCCCCUCCUUUUUACUUCCUUCUUCCCCUUCAUCUUUCCCCUCCCCCUUACUCUUCCACCCAGGAGGAGGAAACUUCCCGUGGCUGUCCUCACUUUUUUAUUUUCGAUGAAUUUUGUUAGGGUUGAACAGGGCUGCCUAUGGUCUGAAGGCUUUUGGUGCUUGUCCACACACCCACCUCAACCCUUCCUUCCCAUCCUCCUCCGUCUCCUCCUCCUGGGUUCAUGCUGUAAUAAAAGAAGAUUGUUGGUGUGUAAUUAAUUUGUUCAAAGGGAGAAAAACAAAAACAAGAAACUUUUGUUCCAACUAAAGCCUAUUUUAAUUUUAUUUUAUUAUUUUCCUCGUUAGAAAUAAAACCCUUAGGAAUGUUUUUUUGAAACCUGUUUCUGAAGUGCAUUUCUCUUCCAAAGGAGAGCAGAACCUUCCUCGCCCGUUACUGGAGCAGCUACAGUGCUAGUGGUAGUGCCAGGGCCAAGGCCAGGGAGUCAGGGCUCUGAAUGGGAACCUUCCCAGCUUCUCUCUAACCUUGGGAAAGAUAGCCCGCCCGCCCCCAAGCCAUUUCCCUGUCUUCAGACUGGUGGGCACUGAUCCCUCUGGGGGAUUUGCACAGCAGCUUCCCCUAGCUUUGUGCUCUUAUUUUCCUGUUCUCCGGGGGACUUUUUCUUCAUGGCUUUAUUGAAGUAUAGUUUCCAUGCUAUAAAGUCGAGCUGUUUUAAAUAUGUAAUUUGAUGAGUCAGACCAUCCUUGAUGUUUCUCUGUUAGUUUCUUUCUGCCCCUAAUGAAUGUGUGGUUAAUUUGUAAUUUCUGUGUCACUGUUAAACUGCUCUAUUGAGAUGAAAUUUGCGUACCAUACAGUUCAUCCAAUUCAGUAUACAGUUCAGUGGCUUUUAGUAUAUUUCAGUCAUUGAAUGAACCUUCAUUGCAAAAAAAAUUUUAGAAUGUUUUUAUGGCCCUUAGAAGAAACUCCACAUUCCCUAGGUGUUCCCUCCCACUCACAUUUGUCUCUUCUGGACAUUUUAUAUAAAUGAAAUUAUACAAUAUGUGAUCCUUU